AUGGACAUGUCCACAAGCAGCACCACGACGUCACCACAUCUCAGCAGGACAGCACAGCAGCCUGGCGCAGUUCCGCGACGUUCUUCAGAAGGUCACGUCGGUGAUUCGAACGUGGCCUUCGGCAUCAACGCCCCUUCAGGCGCUGGCCGCGGCUCCCGCUACGACUAUCGUCACGUCGACGUCACAAGCAAUUGGGCACCGCUUACGGGUGACGUCACGGACUACCGCUGCACGGGACCCAAGGGUCGCAAGUCGGGGUCCUCGUUUCCCUCGGGCCACGCCACCGUCGCGGCCUUCGCGGGCGUUUUCAUGUUUGGCUACGGUGUCCGGAGGUUCCCGGGCUUCCACCAGCCGUUUCGAGCCGCGCUCCUUGCUUGGGCUCUGGGCACGUGCGUCUGGCUGGUGUGCGCGCAGAGGGUCGCGCAGCACAGGCACUUCGUGGUCGACGUCGUGUGCGGUGCGGCACUCGGCGCCGCCGUGGCCGUCCCCUUCGUGGCGUGGCCGUACGGAGACGACAAGCCUUGAUCACACGCCAAUGCGGAACUAUCGUGUCCUGCACUGCGAACUUUGCGUUCGCGUUAUCUAUGGCCCACUUUUAUUACUCUUUUUUUUUACUAUUCUUGUGUCAUAUCUUUUCCUUUCUUUUUUUUUUUUGGAAUCUGUGCGAUGACUCGACUUUCUUUGUUUGAUUCUUGGUUAUAUAGUUAGUAACGCCUGGAGGAAUACAUUUGAUCAGAAAUGAGCAGAGGAACGUUGUGGUCGUUCCCAGGUCAUGAGUGGCUUCCUCACUCCAGGAUGCCAUGGCCCCUCGCCGCCAUUAUGGCCCUGUUCACCGGUCGGGAUUUGAGCCGGUCAGCUGGUCUUCCCAAUGCUCCGCAGAUGGUUGCGAAAUAGGGGGGAGGGGGGUACGUGUGUGUUGUGCUCGCAUUGCCAUACCAUAUGGUGGGUACUCGACAGUCCUUACAUUUGUAGUCGUAGUUGGUUAGAUAUACAGCGUGAAGUUAUUCAGGCCGUGCGGGAAAUUGUUUGUCUGCAGUUGUCUGAGUGCAACGGCGUCUUCUCCGCAUAGCUUGGGGGUGUCAGGCAGGGUAUGUUCUCCUUCCUAGUCUGCAAUGCGCUAAAAUUCCCGCGUGUUUCUUGGGAGCGUGUUCGCCUGUAUACCCUGGAGCGCGGCCGCAUAGCGAGGUAUAGCCCGGAGAGUAUGUUCUCGGACAGCGCCGUGUGCCGCCAGAUCACCUGCUAGGGACACAUGUCGCAGGGUCCAGACUAUAUAUGUAUUCAGGGGCACGUUUGAUUCUUUUUAACGUUUUGAGGGCCGAUGUUGACAUUUGGCAUAUUUGAUCAUUCCUGCAGCGAAUGGCGAGUUUGCUGUCACCGGGAUGUGUUCUUUGCCCCCUCGUCUCGGCGAGAUCAGUUGCCGUCUCUUCCGCAGAGCCCGUGUCCGGGCUGUCCACGGAGAACGCCGCGAGUUCUUUCUUGUUAACAAUGCUGAUCGCUUGCGAUUCUUUUCUUUUUCCCUUGUACUUCCGCGAAUGUGUGCCGCGUACUUUCUUCGUCUCUCUCGUAGGCAUUUGUAAUUGUCUUCACCCUUGCCGUUUUUCAUUCUUUGUUGGGCUCUGGAUGCAUGCUGCAAGGAAUAAACGCAACCUUGAUAUGGUAUCUUAGAUGUAGGGGAUUUUUUUUUUUUAAUUCUCGACUCUUCAGACUGCAUUGUCCGGACUUAAUGUGUCGCUGCACGUCCUGGCUCGACUUGUGCGCAUCUGCAAGCUGCUCCCAUGUGUUAUGGAUACGCAUUUGGAGCAGUUUAUCUGUGGAGGUGCUUGGAGGAAGCGCUGAGGCGAAUCCGCUGGUCCACUUGUAUAACUUUUUUAUUUGUGCGCCAUGCAUUUUCUUCUUGUAUUUUCAAUCUGUACGAUGACUUGGUUAUAGUUGGCAUGGCUCCUCCGCCAGAAAAAGGAAAGUACACAAAUAAAAUAUGCAUUCUCGUUUUAAGACGGCA